AUGUUACAGAGAUUACUACAUCACGGGAAGAGGAAUAUGUUAGUUUAAUCGAACUAUUUCACGGUUUGAAUCAUAAAUGCAGGACUUCUGGAUUCACGAAUCGUCUAGCCCUUGAGAAAUCCCCAUAUCUUCUGCAGCACAAACAUAAUCCCAUUGAUUGGUAUCCGUGGGGAAAAGAAGCCUUCGAUUUCGCCAAGAAGAACAAUCGUCCUAUCUUUCUUUCAGGUGCAACUCGAAUUUCCUGAAGGCUUCACAAUAUAUUGAUAUCAAAACCUCUAGAUUUCAGUUGGCUAUUCAACAUGUCACUGGUGUCACGUCAUGGAGAAAGAAUCUUUCGAAAAUCCUGCCAUCGCCAAACUCCUCAACGAGAACUUUGUUGCUAUAAAAGUUUCAUAAUUUGCAAGAAGAAGAUCAAAUUCGUUCAUUUGAAGGUAGACAGAGAGGAGCGGCCAGACGUAGACAAGCUUUACAUGACAUUCGUCGUGGUUUAACUUUCCGAUUAUUCAAGACUUGAAAAGUUGUUUUGAAGGCCGUUUCUGGUCAUGGCGGCUGGCCAAUGUCUGUUUUCCUGACUCCUGAUCUGGCGCCUAUCACUGGAGGUUUGAAAAAAAAAUUGUUUGAAAUACUUCUUCGGAUGAUAAAGAAGUGUUUAAGAAAAAGUUUUUGUAGUUCAAGUUCCAAUACAAGCACUUUAAUGUUUUCUUUUAACAGGAACCUACUUUCCGCCAGACGAUACCCAAGGAAUGAUGGGCUUCGCUUCUAUCUUGAAACUGAUAAUGUCAAAGGUGAAGUUGCUUGGGUAGUUUGGGUAGCUUGUUGCUUGGGUAGUUUUAUUCGAAAACUUUUCGUUUGAGUGGGAAAAGGAGCAAGAAGCGACAGGACAAUUAGGAGAGCAAAUUCUCCAAAUGAUCCGGAAUCGUAGGUUUUUCAGUUUUUUCAAAAGAAUUUCUCAAGUUCAGAAUCGAAAAGUGAGCACGGCGUGGUGAAGUCUUCAGACGAGAUCGUUCUAGACAUGUACAGACACAAAUUCAAGAAUUUCGACAAAAAACACGGUGGUUUUGGCAACGCGCCUAAAUUCCCCAAGCCAUGUAUGACUGUGUAGUUCACCUCUCCGUUAUUUGAUAUUUUAAGGCGAUCUCGACUUUUUGAUUGCCUCUGCAGCCUGGUACAGAAAGUUUUGAGAAACUAUAUCAUCCGUCUCAUAUGGAAAUUCAGAAGCGACCCUGAACGAGCGGAAAAUUGUUUGCACAUGCUGAAGGUAACUUUGGACGAGAUGAGCCGUGGUGGGAUUCACGACCACGUUGGAAAGGUAAUUCCUUAUUUCCUUGUCAGAUAACGAAAUAUUUCGAGUACUUGUGAGAUAGCGAGAAGAACGGUAAACCAACUUUCCAGGGCUUCCAUCGCUAUUCCGUGGAUUCCGAAUGGCACGUGCCCCACUUCGAGAAGAUGCUCUACGACCAGUCGCAGCUGUUGGCGACUUACUCUGACUUCUACAGACUUUGCGGGAAGGAGAAUCCAGAGGUCGCCAGGACGAUCCGCGAUGUCGCCGACUACAUGAACGACUGUCUGAGCCAUCCCGUUUGGUCUUCCUUAGUUGUUUUCUAACAUCUCUUCUCAGGAUGGCGGUUUCUAUGCAGCCGAAGACGCCGAUUCGUUACCUUCUGACGGGGCUGAAAAGAAAAAAGAGGGCGCUUUUUGCGUCUGGGAAAAGAAAGAGGUUUUCAUUGAUGAAACAAAUGACACAGUUGGGGCUCACUGUCUAUUUUCAGGUUGAGGAUAUACUGUCUGGCAUGAAAGUCGGUUCGACAUCGGCGGCCGAAGCUUUCAGUGUGUAUUUCGAUGUUGAAGAGAACGGCAACGUAUCUCGACGAUUGGUGAUUAUUCUUCGAAAUCAAAAUCAGCGCUAUUACUUUUUUUCUGAAAAAACUGCCUUUUGCAGGACCCACACGGAGAGCUCACGAAUAAAAACGUACUCCGACGUCUGCACAGUGACACUGAAUGCGCCGACAUCCUCGGUAUCUCAGUAGAGGAUCUUCUCCCCGGCAUUGAGCUCGCUAAAGUUUGCUUUUGUUUUUGAAAGAACGAUUCAUGCAAUUUAUUUUUAAGUUUCGAAAUUCGUUUUCUUUUUAGAUUGUGGGAUUUUUUGGACACAACUGUGACUAACGUCUAUAAGUUGAAGAUUUACUAGUAGAAGAGCAGAAUCAAGAUUUAUGUUUUCACACUAUUUUUCUAUCAAUUUGUUUUAACAAUAUUUGAAAGAUUAAGUAUAGGUCUCGUAUGAUAUUUACCCAUGUAAGAUUCAUGGUCGAUUGAAAAAAAUGAAUGGCCUCGUCAAACUUCAGUGAAAGUAAUAAUUUGUUUAGUUUCUGGGGAACUUUGAAGAUUUGUUGGAAAUUUUCAGAAAGAACUCAGGAUUUUUAUAUCAAGACUUUUUUAAAGCAAAAACUGCUGAAAAUCCGCAAGACUCGGCCUCUCCCUCACUUGGACUCGAAAAUGCUGACGGCGUGGCAAGGUCUCGCAAUCACCGGCUUUGUCAAGGUCGUUUUCUAUCCGGUCGCUUUCACUUUGUCGUUUUUCAGGCUUUUCGAGCUCUUUCUGACGAUUCUCUGCUUGAGAGGGCCCUUAAAUGUUUGAAGUUUGUCGAGAAUAAUGCCAAAGAUUCUCACGGAAAUCUGAUCCGCGCCGUUUAUCGUUCUGAGUCUGGCCAAGUCGAGAAGGGGUUCGAUUUAGAUUAGAAUGCGUUUUUUCAGAAAAUGAUACGCAUGUAUCACCAUAUGAAAGAGAGAAAAAGGAGUUUUCAAAAUAAAAAAUGACCUUAAUUUUUGAAAAUAUGGAAAAAUUGCCCAAAAAUUUUCUAUAAGUUAGAAAAUUGAAAUUGUUAGCUAUAAUUGACUCAUUUUUAAUAACAUACGCCUCGAAUUCAAAAGUCUUUUUUCUUCUUUUUUUUGCUGUUAGAUUAUUUUUUUCCAAGCGUAUCGUUCAAGUAGUUAUACUCGCACUAUGUAUACUUUUUGUUCCAAAUGAACCUUUUUAGUCCAGAAUCCAUUGCUGCGUUUUCGGACGAUUACGCUUUUUUGAUUCGAGGCCUCCUUGAUGUCUACGACGUCAAUGGGGAUUCGAAAAUUGCUCAAAAAGCAAGAGAUCUUCAAGAAAAAAUGGUUUGAAUAACAAAAAGAGAAAGUUUUCGAGUACAUGCUUACAGAUUGAAAAGUUCUGGGAUCAUGAAAACAAUUGCGGAUUCUUCUUGGGCGAAGAGAAUGCGCAUGAAGGUACAAGUGUCCGUUUAAUAGAAGGUUAGUUCAGAAACAUUUUUGCGUGUAAUUAUCGAACUUUGUUGAAGAUCAGGACAAUGUUGAGCCCUGUGCGACUUCUGUGGCAGCCGGUAAUUUGCUGCGUCUUUACGCGAUUUUCGAAGAUGAGAAACUCCGUGAGAAAGCGGCCAAAUGUUUCACUUCGUUUGCGGAGCGACUGAAUAAGUUUCGUUUUCCUUGAAUAUUUUAGUGUAUGGAUUUAUGCAGAUACUCGUUCUCUCUUCCUGUUUUGGCGAUGGCCAACCGCAGAUCUCAGUUGGGAGAAGUCACUGUGAGGCCCAAUCUUGAUUUCUCUCAAAAACUCCGCAUUUUAAGAUCGCUAUCGUUAGUUCUGAAAACUCUGAUUUUUCUCGAGAAGUUAGAAAGAUCGUCGACAAUAAGUUUAUUUGGAACGCUUCUACGCUACAGAUAAAUCCCGAUGGUGGGCUGCCUUUGAGAGAACAAAUUGAGAACACAAAUUUUUAGAUCCUCUUCUUUCUGGCUCCGAGACUCACGCAGCAAUGGCGCAUGGUCCAUCUCCCGCUGUUUACAUCUGCGAAAACUUUGCUUGUGGCCUUCCACUCAAGUCAAUCGAGGAAAUUCGAGCCAAGGUCGGCGAUCUGUAA